AUGGACAUUCCACGUUCUCCACUGGGCACUUCAGAAGGGAGCUUGGGUGAGCACUCAACGCCUCCUACAACUCCAGCUUCGAGUCCAUUAUUUGGUGCCUCCAAGGUGGAGGAGCUUGUCUCGUUCGGCCUCCCGCAUCCCUCACCCACGUACGAUCUUGACUUCGAGCCCCCAAAGGUUCAGAACAUCCCCAGCAUCUCUACGCUACGGAAACCGCUUGUCGAAAACGUCUGCGUGGUGGGCGCAGGGUACGUAGGUGGACCAACCGCUGCAGUUCUCGCUCUAUAUAACCCGUCAAUCACCGUUGAAGUCGUAGAUCGAGAUCCUCGUCGCAUUCAGCAAUGGAAGUCGCCACAUCUCCCCGUCCACGAACCAGGCUUGAACAAUGUCGUCCGUGUCACGCGGGACGGAGCAGAUAUCGCGACCCUAGAUUCUCCUAUGUCUACCAGCUCCACCUAUUUGAGGCGACGUCCCAAUCUGCGCUUUACCUGUGACGCAGCCGGCAGCGUCUCUCGCGCCGAUAUAGUCUUCAUGGCAGUAAAUACACCAACCAAGACCUUUGGGCUGGGUGCUGGGCGAGCCACCGAUAUGACAGCCGUCGACGCGGCUGUGCGAGAGAUCGCACUGCAUGCGAGACCGGGUACGAUUAUCGUGGAGAAGAGCACGGUGCCGUGUGGUACUGCUCAGCGGAUCCGACAAAUUUUUUCCGCGCUUCGACCAGGGCUGCCCUUUGAGGUUCUCUCCAAUCCAGAAUUCUUAUCUGAAGGCUCAGCUAUUGACAAUCUCGUCACACCUGAUCGUGUCCUCAUCGGAUCAUCAGGAACACCGGCGGGGCAGCGUGCAGCAAGCAUGCUCGCUAGUAUAUACUCCACGUGGAUACCUGAAUCGUGUAUCAUCGAAAUCAACUCGUGGUCCUCUGAGCUUGCCAAGCUAGUAGCCAACGCCAUGCUCGCUCAACGAAUUAGCAGUAUCAACUCCAUCAGUGCUAUCUGCGAGAGAACCGGGGCCGAGAUCGACCAGGUAGCUAAGGCGGUCGGUAUGGACGCGCGGAUUGGCUCUCAGUUCUUGAAGGCAGGUCUAGGGUUCGGCGGAUCGUGCUUCCGGAAAGAUAUUGCCAGCCUAACGUAUCUGGCGGAAUCAUUGGGGCUGGAGGACGUCGCCCACUACUGGAACCAGGUGAACGUCAUAAAUGAAUUGCAGCGGAACAGAUUUGCCAGAAGGGUGGUUGAUAAAUUUGAGGGUAAUUUGCAGGGUCGGAAGAUUGCCCUGCUUGGUUUUGCGUUUAAGAAGAACACGGGAGAUACGCGUGAGUCUCUGGCGGUCGAUGUUAUUCGGCUGCUGAUGGAGGAGCGGCCGAUGGAGGUUGUGAUAUAUGAUCCUUACUGUCAGGAGGAGGAUAUUGUCCGGGAGUUGGAGGGGCUGAGCCAUGUUUUGGAUAAGGAUAGUGGUACGGUCAAGGUUCUCGCAGAUCCCUAUUUGGCUUGUUCUCAGGCACACGCAGUUCUGGUGUUGACAGACUGUGACCAGUUCCGGAAUGUCUCAGACAAGUCGCGGAGUCGUUCUCUGGUGACACAUCAGCCUGUUAUCAAAUCGGACCAGGGGGUAUAUGAUAGCCUAGCGGAGGUGAUCAUGGCGCCUAUUCAACCAGAAGAGGAGACCUGGACGUUCAAUAAGGUGUCCUACCGUCUUGCGCCGCAAGAGGCCUGUGCCGCUGAAUGUCCGUCUUGCCGCUCGGGGUCCAGUCGACCUGUUACAAUUGAGCCACUGGAGUGGGCGCGCAUCGCGUACAAUCUAAAAGAGCCCAAAUGGGUGCUAGACGGACGGGGAUUCUUAGACGUGCGAGAAAUGGAAAGAUUAGGAAUCCAACUAGAUACCGUUGGACGACAGCCUGGCAGCGCAGUCUCGACCAGUUCCAACGGCGUUGGUCUCUGA